AUGAUCUGUUGCAGUAGCAAAAAGAAUAAAUAGCAAACUUUAGAAAUAACUAAAAAGAGAAACAAAAUACUAUCUGUAUUAGAUUUUUUAUUUUAUUUUUCUAGGAUUUUAUAGAAGAAAUAAACAACGAAGCUAUGACUCUAUAUUAAUCACCAAACUGUCAACAUCUUUCUAUUAUGUUUUAAUAUUCAGGAGAACCCGCAACAAUGAAGUAUUAUUAAGUUUCAAUAAUUUAUUUAGAUCAAGUUCUAAUACUAAAUUUCCUAAAUCAGUUGAACGAUUAGCUAGUCCAAUUCCACACAUUACUCCAAGAAAAACUUCCUUUAAUAUCUUUAAAUGUGCAAAGACAAACCAGAAUACAAAGUAUUUAUCAACAAAAAGAGGUUUUACAUUAUUAGUAACAAAAACAAACUUAUGA